AUGGUUAAAGACACUAAAUUCUAUGACACUUUGGGUGUAUCCCCCAGUGCAAGUGAUACCGAGUUGAAAAAGGCUUACAGGAAGGCAGCUUUGAAAUACCACCCGGAUAAAAACUCUACCCCAGAAGCUGCUGAAAAAUUCAAGGAAAUUUCCCACGCCUAUGAAAUCUUGUCUGACGAACAAAAGAGGGAUAUCUAUGAUCAAUAUGGUGAGGAAGGAUUGUCCGGUCAAGGUGGUCCAGGCAUGAAUGCCGAUGAUAUUUUCUCUCAAUUCUUUGGUGGCGGUUUCGGUGGCGGUUUCGGUGGUGGUCCUCAAAAACCAUCCAGGGGUAAAGAUAUCAAGCACAGUAUUGGAUGUACUUUGGAAGAUUUGUACAAGGGUAAGACCACCAAGUUGGCUUUGAACAAGACUGUAUUGUGUAAAGAGUGUGAUGGAAGAGGUGGUGCUGAAGGUAAAAUCAAGGAAUGUUCAGACUGUCAUGGUACUGGUAUGAAGUUUGUCACUAGACAGAUGGGUCCUAUGAUUCAAAGAUUCCAGACUGUAUGUGACAAAUGUAAUGGAACUGGUGAUAUAUGUGAUCCAAAGGAUAGAUGUCCCAAAUGUAAAGGUAAAAAGACUGAAACUGAAAGAAAGAUUUUGCAAGUACACAUUGAUCCUGGUAUGAAGGAUGGUCAAAGAAUUGUUUUCAGCGGUGAAGGUGACCAAGAGCCAGGUAUCACUCCCGGUGAUGUCGUAUUUGUUGUUGAUGAGAGACCAAAUGCCGAAUACCAAAGAAAAGGAAAUGAUUUGUACAGAGAAUACGAAGUUGAUUUAUUGACCGCAUUGUCCGGUGGAGAAAUUGCUUUCAAACACAUUUCUGGUGACUGGAUCAAGAUAAAUGUCAACCCUGGUGAGGUUAUUUCUCCUGGUGAAAUGAAGACAGUAGAGGGCCAAGGUAUGCCAAUUUAUAGACACGGUGGUCAUGGCAAUUUGAUUAUCAAAUUUUCCGUUAAAUUCCCACAAAAUCAUUUUGCUGAUGAAGACAAACUCAAACAGUUGGCUUCCAUCUUACCACCAAGAAAAGAAGUUCAAAUUCCAAAAGGUGCUGAAGUUGAUGAAUGUGAGAUGGUUAAAUUCGAUCCUGUUAAGCACCAACAAAGAACUAGAGGCUCAUACGAUUCGGAUGAUGAAGAAGGUCAAGGUCAAGGCCCAGGAGUUCAAUGUGCUUCUCAAUAA